AUGGGUGAUUGGGAAGAAGUAAAGCGUUUGGCAGCUGAUUUUCAGAGAGCGCAGCUUAGUAGCACUUCUCAUAAACUAUCUGAACGAAAUUGUGUGGAACUUGUUCAAAAACUGAUCAACCUUGGGCUUAUUGAUGUGAUUUAUACUACAGAUGGCAGAGAGUAUCUCACGCCUUCUGAAUUAGAAAAAGAAAUACGAGAGGAAUUAUUCGUUGAAGGAGGUCAGUUGGUUUAAUAUACAUAAGGGGAGCAUGUCGAAGGUCAUUUAGUUUUUGGUAAAAUUACCUGAUAUCCUUGCAUUUAUGACUAUUAUCUUUCAAAUGUCUCCCCCUCCCCUAUCUUGUACGCUUGUAAAAAACCUGACCUGCAGUACUACAAAUAAUUUCUCUCGUAUUUCUGAAUUAGAAAAAGAAAUACGAGAGGAAUUAUUUGUUGAAGGAGGUCAGUUGGUUACUUUAAUAUACAUAUACAGAUGUACAGUAAUUCACCUUAUUCAUAAACCUCGACAGGGGGCGGGUUGUCGGGUUUUAAAUAUAUUGGGGUUGAUUUAUGAAGGGCUAGGGAGCAUGUCGAAGGUCAUUUAGUUUUUGGUAAAAUUACCUGAUAUCCUUGCAUUUAUGACUAUUAUCUUUCAAAUUUCUCCCCCCCCCCUGCCUUGUACGCUUGUAAAAAACCUGACCUGCAGUACUAUAAUUAUUAAAGUGGAAGUCAAGUCCGUUCUGCGUGUCGGUUCUGCUCAUAACAAUGUGAGGAGUGGUGAGGACCCUCUAAUGUGAACAUUGCCCACAUUUCAAAUUUUAACAAUUUUAAAGCUUUUGUUAUGUUUAACACCCACAACAUUUUCGAGAAAAAUUUGUAUGACUUGGUCAAAAUCCUAGGAAAUGUUGGUCAAAACAUGACGACACCCACCCAAUGUUGAUGGCUUCACAACGUCCCUGCACAAACAAACAGUUCCAUGUGGAGGUUAAGCUAAAAUACGGCUGUAAAUUUUCAUUGUUGAUUUGUCUCAUGUAUCCCGCUAAUCAUGGAUUACUUUCCCACAUCUCACCAUGGAUAUUUUUAUCAAUCCCGGCGGCCGCUUCCUGUAAUGAUAUAAAAUUCUGCUUCCCAAACAAUAUUUUUCUUAAAAUCCUGAAUCCCACUUGAAUUUUAGACCCAUCCCGCAAAACUGUACAGGCCCCUCUUUAUUGUGCAAUGUUAUAUGGAAAUGGCUUAGUAGGUUCCGAACAGUUCCAAAGGGGAAGCUUCUCAUGUCAUGCUUGCUAAUAAUAAUGAAUUAUUUUCCAGCUGGUAUCUGUUAAAUGGAUACCAGAACUUCAAACUAAGUUAGUAUUGAGUAAAAAAGUGCUCUGGUUAGGCUUUUUUGUUGCAUCAUGUACUGCAGUUUAAUAUAGACACUAACUUUGGAAUCAUAAUUUUGUCAACCCAUUGAGUACGUGGCACAGCGCUCUCCCUUUGACAAGCAACAUCAAUAAUCACAAUAUUACAUCAUCAAGUGUUAGACAGUAGGGGUGCACCGGAACUCGGUUCCGGCCGGUUAGUUCUGGCCGGAACCCCGAUUUUUUAGAGUUCCGGUUCCGGCUGGAACUAGUAAAAAAAGCAUGGCCGGAACCGGAACUCUGUCGUUUCCAGAGAGAUAGAAUGUCAAACGUUUUUGUGUCUAACAAAAGGUCACAGUAGGAAGAAAUUUGGACUACGCAAGGGAAAUGUACACUAUUAACACUUCAUUAUGACGUUUAACGCUUGUCAAUCUUUUUAUUCUAACAUUUGCAAGGUCUCUCCUUGAUGACUUGAAGUGUCUGCCUGUCUGGCAGCAGACAAAGUAACAUAUGACUAUAUAUGGCUUAAUAAAUUAAUUCCGGUUACGGCCUGAACUUCCGGCCGGAACUUUUUUCCAGUUCCGGUUGGAUCCGGUUCCGGCCGGAACUUAAAAAACUGGUUCCGGUGCACCCCUAGACAGUGAGAGUAAAAUAAUAAUUAAUGUAAAGUAGCCAGGCGAUGCAUUGCCACAAUACAUUAAAGGGCAAUAUGCAAUGACCUGUUUGCUAUAAUUAUAAUUGCAGCAUCAUAUGUGUGUGCCUUGACAAGUAAAAUUGUCUGGCGUUAGGCAGAGUAAAAAGUAAGGCAUUACAUUUGGGCACAUAUUGCAGCAUUGCAUGACAAUUAAUUAAUCUAUUAUAAAGUGCAAGAAUUUUCCCUGCCUGAAGAGUGAAAUCGCCUGGCAUUAUAGGCAGAGAAAAGUAGUCAAGUAAGGUACAUAUUUGGUCGUUCCAGAUACAGUAAAUGUGUAUCAAGCCAGUGAAUCAUGUAUUUUACAAAUUUAUACCAGGGCAAAUUAUGCAGACCUGCCAACCUUACAGUAGCAACUGAUAUAUAGGGAGAAUUCUUAUUUAAACACUUAAUUUGGUAGGAGAAUUGGCUGUUUAGAGGGAGGAAAACCCAUCAAAGCCCUUUUCAUUAGAGCAGUCAGAUUUAUAGUGUCUCGUUCAAACUCCUAGCUACACUCGGAGUACAAGAAGUUGGGGACACUAUAUCUUGGACUGAAAAUACGACAUAAAGACAUGUUUUAACAAAUAAAUAUUUCAAUUUUGACUUUCCGAACGUUAUAGAAUCUAAGUUUUCCCCUUUUACAGCAAGUUUUACUUGUCUCCUACGCAGCGGCGCGUAAAUAUUUCUCGAUAAAAUUCAUUAAGAUCUACAAGAAAUCAGGAUAAUUACCAGUUGCCAAUACGGGAGUAAUUUUUCACUACCGUGAGACUGGGAGAUCGCAGGAUACCGGGAGACUCCCGGCUAUGUCGGGAGAGUUGGCAAGUCUGACUAUGCAUUGUGAUGAUCUCAGAGCAAUAUCAUCGGCUAAAAGGAACUUGAAUGCACCCAAAGAGGCACAAUAGAUCAACAAAAUGCUUUAUGUACAUGCGCAUGAGGCUCAGCUUCUGAUAAGUUAUUUCUUGUCAGUACGUGCUGUGUCUGCAUUUGGAAAAUCUUAAUUCUGACUCAAAUUAAUUUUACCUGUCUUACAGGGAGAAUAAAUCUUGUGGAUCUGCAACAGGUGAUCUUCUAGAGCUGCGUGCUGUAUUUAAUAUGAAGUAUAAUAUCGUAUAUAAUUAUGUAUGUAGAGUAAUUAUAUCCUGCAUGCAACUAGAGCAAUAUCUUCCAUUCAUUCUACCACUUCUCUCUUCUGUGCUUUCACCUUUCAUUUGCACCAUUUUUCUAUUCUUUAUUUGUAUUGCUCUUCUAUACUAUCUCAUCUAGCUAGUGGUGGGCACCAUACAUGGGACCUAUUAUAGUAUCGUUUGUGUUUGGCACCUUCUAUUUACUAUUCUCCAUAUUCUUGUUCAAUGUAAUUAUGGAUGUAAGUUAUGUACAAUAUUCUCAAGUUAUCUACAUACCAAAUUAAUAAAAUAAAAAUAAAUGUUAUGUUAAAUAAAUAAAUAAAUAAAUAAAUAAAAUCGAGAAGCAAUGUUAUGUUGAUUUUCCACUAGGCCGAAUUUUGCGUGCGGAGUGGAAUUGUUCUUUGUCUUGUGUUUUCGCGGGUGGAACUAAUUAGAAAACACUAUAACACCUGUAUUCUAUAUAUAAAAGCUCACGCACACUCUGAGCUUGCUAAGUAUGUGACUAGUGAGUAACCCUCCAGCUAUUCAAAACCUGCACUGACACUCAAGGGGAGCUCAGAUUGAACCUCCACUCUUUGAGUGUGAGUGAGCUUGAAUGAGCAGAAUUUCGCCUAGUGAAAAACCGGUUUUAUACAGUAUUUUGAAGUGAUCAUUCCUACGUGUUAUUAUUACAUGUAUUCCUGAUGCCAUGCAUGCAUUAUUGACGAAGGGUCUUCUCUUAAAUCUUAAUCUUUUUCAAGUGGUUUAGAUUAAAACCACAGUUUUGCUUAUUGCACAUCCCUAUAUGUUUGAGAAAUGUGCUGAUAAUGUGGAAUGAUGUAAUGUACAAAACAUUUUCAAAUUAGUCAAUUACAUACAUACUGUAUGUCGAAACUAAUACGGUACCAUAAUACCACAGUCAAAAUUUGUAAAAAAGUAAAAAAUAUUACCUCAGCGUACAGUAUUAUCUACUGUACUCUGUAGACUAUAUAAUUAAUAGUUUAGGGAAGGUUUUGGCUGGGGAGCAAGCCGCUUAAGCCAGUGAUUUAAUUAUAAAACUGAUAACUGGGGGAUGGGGCAAAAUCCACAUUUCUUUUAGGAUAAAUCACAAACAUUGACAUUGAUAAAAUAUAUGCAAUUCCAUGUAAAAUUGUUAAAACUGAAAAUUUCGUAAAUCAUAUUCCAAAAACAAAAAGUGAAAGAAUUUCCCACUCUGAUGGGUUGCUUAUUCGAUGAUAAGCUGGUUUGGUUAACUGAUGAUAACUACGAUAAUUAGAAUAAAUGUUUUUGUUUUUCAGGUGAUCAAUGUGGAUCUAAGCCACAUUGAAAGUAAAGUUGCAGAACUUAUUAAAACUGAUAGAAGUCUUGUCUUGAUACAAGGAGAACUUAUUGAAAAGUAUGGGAUAUUAGUGGAAGUAUUUUUGUAUAGAUUACAGGGUUGAUUAGCAGUAAGUGUACAAACCUGGUUAGAAACUUCGUUAUGGUUAGCUAGGGUUAUAUAAUUUAUUAUUUAGGGUAAGGAUUAUAAGAAAAGGUUAAAUUAGGCAAAAGGUGCGGGAUAAGCGUUGGAAUUAGGGUUGGGACUAGGGUUAGAACCAGACAUAGCACUGCAGUGCAGUCCCUAGAGCAUGCGCAAAACAAGUGCACCAUACGCCGACAUACUAUUUUUGAAUACAUAUCGAGGCAUGUGAUUCCAAACGAACUAUAACUGACUAAAACACUCAAGCAGCGAAUAUUAAGCGAUGCCAAACUUUGUUUAGUUAGGAUUAAAUUCAGAAUUCAGGUCCUAUAUAGAUUAGGAUAAGAAUUAAUGGGCAAGAAAUCACUGUAGAUAUUUUAUUUAUAGACACUAUCUGGAUCACAUUGCAGAAGAAAUCAAUGAAAAACUCCAGGAAUCUGGUCUUGUCUCGAUUGGUGAGCUUGCAAAGACAUUUGGUUUUACAACAGAUUUUAUGCUUGAGGUAUGAUAACCUCUUAAUUAAGUAGACUAUUGCAGUUUUUGUUAUUAAGGGAUUCUCACCAACCAGAACAGCAACAAUGGAUAAUCUUGACGUCAUCCUUCCUCUAUUCACUGUACAACCGCAAACUACAGAUUUUUGCAUCUUGUAUACAACACCUGCGUUUCUACUGAGUACUGUAUAACUGUAAGCGUCCAAAUUGACUCUGCGUGUAAAACUCUCCUUAACUAUACCGCCCCCCGUGUUUUUUAACCUUUUCAAAACUGUAUUGCAAUAACUGUAAAUUCUAAAAUAUGAUAAAUAAUAGUUUUCUUUACAACAUAAUAUUCAGACAAUGAGUGUCAUGUCGCGCUGUCCUACAUACAUGAUAUUCUAUAGCCUGCGAACAUAUGCGACACAAAAAUUUGUGGUAUACAAAAAGUGUCUCUGGAGCAGGCUGUAUAUCCUACUAUAUACGAAUGAUGAUGUUUCUUUGUGGUAUAGUGGCGGGCACUUCGCGAUAUUUUUUUUUUUUGGGGGGGGGGGUUAGUUUGCCAACAUAUGAACACCUUUUGUAGCUUGAAAUCUCGGUUCUUUCAAGUUUUUGGCCUUACAUUUUGUGCAAUAUAUAGCCUGACUUAUAGCCUGCCAAUACUUUCAUGAUUGAAAUAUAUUGUUACAGCUUUGUUUAGCUAUCAUUCAAAGGCUUUCAGAAAUUGACCACAUUUGAAAUUUUACCCAAAAUUUUGAAUCACUGUGGGUGCAUUAUUUAUUUUACUCGUGUUUUUGAAUCAAAAUACUCAGGGAUUUUCUGCGGUGUUUUAGAUUAUUAGAGAGUUUAAGCUUCGCGUUAUACUCGCUGUUUUAAAACUGAAAUACAUAAUUAUUCUUUCCACGCAAGAAAGAAAAUAUGAAACGAAAAACGUUCAACGAAAAUUUUGCCAAGAAAGUUCGAACCUGCCGUUUGCCGUUCCCGGAAACGUGAAGCUUAAACUCCCUACUAUAUUCGCACCCAGACUCGAAAGGCAAAUUCGUGCAAAUUUGAGACGGUUCAGAAUUGAAUAAGGAGUGAGUCCCAUUAAGUUAAAGAUUAAAAUAAUGCUUUGUUUCUUAGACUAUAGAAGAUCGUCUUGGUUCAAUAAUACAUGGCAAGCUUGAUCGUCUUGAGAGGGGAGUGUUGUUUACAGAUGCUUUUAUAGCCAGACAUACAGCUCGAAUCCGUGGUGUUCUUAGCGCUAUUACGAGGUAAAUAAUAAGAUACAGGACAUGCAUGUUUUAUCUACUAUACAUAAUUAAACAAUGCAACAGAACAGGCAUAGCAGGUCUGCAAUGUGCUUGACUGUUGCCAACCAACCUUUAUUUUUAAAUUUUAGACCUACCUCACUUUCCAAUCUCAUUAUUCAGUACGAUUUCCAAGAGAAACUAUUUUACAGUGAGUAUAGAAACAGUAACUGAGUUAGAUGGUCAUGCAGUAUAUACAGUAUACUGUUCAACUUGCAUAUUUCUUACGUGUUCUACGUCACGUGUUGUAAUAACACAAAAAGAAAAUCACCACUGUAUCGUCUUGAUAGUAUAAGUUUUGUUAUAAGAAUUACUCGGCUAACUCCUCAAUUUUCAACAUUCUUCUCGGUGUUUCAAACCAUUUCCAUAUUUUGGUUUUCUACAGCGUGUCUAAAAAAAACGCUAUAUGAAAAUUCAACAGGAUGUCUUGCAUCAUACAAGUACUGUAGCUAAACAAUUCAAUUUUUACAUAGGACGAAAGAGCUGUUAUUUAGCUUUUCUAUGAUACCUUUCUUAAAUCGUAACGAUGAGAAAUGGCCUGCACAUACUCGUCAAAUAAAAAUUGCCGGUCGAAAUCACAUUCUUCCACCGUUGGGAAUUGAAAAUAAUUAAUUAUGCAAAGUUAGUCAAUCCAAAACUGCAACGCGAGCCUGUUGCAAGCUAUUUGUUUCGUAAAACGUUUUGAUUACGAAUGUUCUCUGUUCAGGGGUUAAUUGAACCAUGUUUAAUGACGUUCUUAUUCAGUUAUUAGGGAGUUUACGAUCUGCGACGCGGCCGGCUCAACGACGCGGUCUAAAUUUUAGCUCAAGAAUGAGCGCUAAGCAAUUCGAUUACUGUAAUAAAUAUUUGACUCUUUCAAAUAACCUUACAAAAUGCUACGUUCGGCUAAAGCGAUGCAAUGUUUGCUGUAAUUUCGACUUUUAGUAAUACCUCUUGUGUCGCAUUAAGCUUUCGCGUUGCCUGAAAGACGCAAUAAUGCUUUUUUAACGUUGUGUUGAGAAUGACAACGCGUUUGACAAUACUCAUGGGACCACAAAUUAUUGACAGUUUUUGUCUUGCAUGACAAAUUUCUUUGUAAGUUCUUUGUAGGUUUGCAUGGCGAUAAAACACAUAAUACUAUUGUUUGUGGAAACACCUAAUUUCUUUGUUUUGAAAGCGCGUCGUCGAGUCGGCCGCGUCGUAGAUCGUAAACUCCCUAUUGUCCCACUAAAGGCGGUUUUCCAGUCCUCGCACGAAGUUCCUCGCAGCUCGCUGCGAGUGCUUGCAUCUAAUUAAAAUUUUAAAACUGUUUUGCAUUGUGAUUGGAUGAAAGUGCUCAUGCAUGUACUCGCAGCGAGCUGCGAGGAGCUUCGUGCGAGAACUGGAAAACCGCCUUAAGACGAAGAAUGACGAGUUGUGUUCAUUUUAGAUAAUUUAACAUUCAAUUUUAAUUCCCUCUUGGGAAUUGUCUAUGUUUCGUUUUCCCAUGCAAUUCCCAACGGUGGAAGAAUGUGAUUUCGACCUGCAAUUUUUAUUUGACGAGUAUGUGGCCAUUUAUCAUCGUUACGAUUUAAAAGUAUCAUUGAAAAGCUAAGUAACUGUUCUUUCGUCGUAUGUAAAAAUUUAAUUGUUUAGCCACGUUUGUGAUGCACGAUAGCCUGUUGAAUUUCCAUAGCGUUUUUUUAGACACCCUGUAUAGGUAUUGUAGAAAAUUUCCACGCUAUAUGAAAGUGUGCAAAACUUGAAUUUCCAAACUUUUUCCAGAUAAUUUAUAUGCAGUGUCCACAAUAUGGAAGUGUUGCAAAUUUUCCAAUGUUCAAAUCACUACUCAUGAUAAACUCUUAACUCCUUCAAGUGCAUUGAUCUACUGCCUAGUUUGGUCCCAGGCCUUCCAGCUUGACUGGAUCGGUAUUGAACCGCGGGAUAAGUCCUAAAUUCAUAAACCCGAACUGUCAGUACAUGUAUUUCCUUCCAUAUCGAAAUAUCUUCCUUGUUCAUCCCGUAGACAUAAAGUUGCACAAAAACAUCGAUGUAAAUAUGUAGAACCUAGGACGGCUCGAUCGGCAAAAAUGGCUCCAAGAAUGGCUGAUUUUCGAAUUGUGCUACUAGGCCCCCUCGCUUCCCGUAUCUCCCCUGCGCACCUAUAGCAUCGCAGAAGCGAAAGGCAGGAAAUAGGCUGUCUACUGCAUGCCGAUAGUUUCUUUAUUAAACUGGAUGAACUUGUCAAGCAGUAUAUACUCAUGCUAACUUUCAUCAAAUUCCAUCUUGGUGCAACAAAGCGGUAUCAAACAGUUUUUGUUUUUUCUAUUCAGCGGUGAUUAACGACCUCAUUGAACAAGGCAGGUUAAGCGGUACGAUUCAAGGUCGACAGGAUAAAGCGAAUUUUGUUCCAGAUAUUUAUUCAAGGACCCAGAAUGCCUGGGUCGAUGCAUUUUAUCAACAAAAUGGUUAUCUCGGUAAGUUUUUGUACCUAUAUAUGUUGUUUUGCUCCUUAUUUAAUGUAUACCCUCCUUUCGUUCAUGUUUGCGUUCGAUAUAGUUUUAAUUUCUCUACGUACGAGAUUGUUACUCUAGGCCUAAGGCUUUAAGGCUUUUGCAACAAAAUAUAUAAUAAUCGGUUUAGUUUGGUUUAAUAACUUCUUAUUAACCGAACGCGAGGUCUGUACAGAGAAAUAUCGGACCGAGGUCUCUUUCGUACAGACCAAGCCCGUGUCGGAGAUUGUGACGAACACUCGCGUGACCGGAAGUAAACUGCUAUAAUUCAGCCAAUAGUAAGGCUGCAUUUACAUGUGCUUAUAUAGCGAAAUAAUUUUGUUGUUGACAGAGAGAGUUUUUGUGAGAUUACCGAUAUAUAGCGAAGAUAUAUCAUUAAAACUUUAUUUAAAUAUCGAUACGAGUGAUUUUUCGUAGAUACGUACUCUGGAGGCGAGUAAUUUACGAAACGUGGCACCUUCAGACGGAAUUUGAGAUUAUAAAUAUUAUCGUGUACGUAUAUUUAUAAUAUAUUGUGAGAUUAUCGUGUAUGUUUAUUUCGUGACGACGUGGCUAUAUUUUGAAUAUUAUGGCGACCAAACCCGAUGAGAAAAUCGCAGUUCUGGAUGUUAAAUUAAAGCAGUUAGCCUACUUAUUACAUGUGGGAGAACCGAAUCUGUGUUAGAAUCGACGAAAGAUAUCGCAAUAAAUCGCCAAAUAGAGUCGCUAAAAGCGCUUUCGAAAGAUGUUGAACAAUCGCGUCGCGAAGUCGAGCUACUAAAAAUUACAAACGACGAACCAGAAGAUGAAAUAACGACAUGGAAUGCUGAAGUUGAAGAGAAAUUAUCGAUGGCAGAUGAGGAUAUUAAGCGACUCGAGAAAUGGCAAGACGAAUACAAGCAAAAGAAAGAAUCCAUAGCGCGAGAAGAGCAGUUCAAGUUUGAAAUGAAGCUUCACGAAACUAAAUUACAACUUCAAUCGGAACAGAAUACGAAAGUUUUGGGUAAACAAACCAUUGGAGCGGAGAAAGAAGUUGCCGUAAAGCUGCCAAAGCUAGUAAUAACGAAGUUCGACGGGUCAUUCACCGACUGGAAUCGUUUUUGGGGACAAUUCAGCGAAUCUAUAGAGAAAUCUGGCAUCGCAAACGUUGUGAAAUUUUCGUAUCUAAAAGAGUUACUUGGCGACAAAGUACGACGUGACUUCGAGUCACUUCCGUUUACUUCCGAAGGUUAUAAUCGGGCGAAAGCUAUAUUGUGUGAGAAAUACGGGAAAGAAAGCGAGAUUGUGAAAGCAUAUAGUAAGAACAUACUAGAUUUACCGUUAAUAACAUCGAAUAACCCAAAAAGGAUCAGCGAGUUCAGCGAAAAGUUGACGUACUGUGUACAGUCCUUGCAGCCUAUGAAAAAGUUGGAUGGCGUGAAUGGUCUGACCUCAUUGACACUUGACAAAUUACCGGCGAUUCGGGGAGAUUUGGUAAGAUCAGCUAAGGAAUGGGAGUCUUGGGAUCUGGACAAACUUGCAGAAGCCUUGCGGCUGUGGGUGCGCAGGAAUCCAGUUGAUACAUCACAUCGUGAUCGGGACGAAGAGCAAGAGAAGAAGAGACGAGAGAUGAAACUGUUUCAUUCUCGUCUAGGACGGGGUUGUGUAUAUUGUGAUUCUAGUGAUCACAAAGCUAAUGACUGUCAGAAAGUAACAACAGUCGCUGAUCGCAAACAAAUCCUUGCCAAGAAACAUCUUUGCUUCAACUGUGCUCUCGGGAGCCACCAAGCAGCCAAAUGUCAGAGUAAAAAUUCGUGCCAAAAGUGUGGUAAGCGGCACCACACAUCUAUAUGUGAUAAAUCGACUACAUCAGAGGAAAGAAAAAUCGCUUUGACCGCAAAUGAAGUAGGAGAGGGGGUAUUCCCAGUAGUCUUGGUGAAAGUAGACGGGAUAACAACGCGAGCACUUAUUGACAGUGGGUCCAGCAGCUCCUAUGUUUCAGCGAAAGUUGCAGAUAUUGUAAUGUUCGUGGUUUUGUAUCAAUAUCAAGCACUUUUAAGUAUAACAAUAGAUAUCAAACAACUUGUACAAACAGCAUAGUACGUAUCCAAUUACUUCCCGGUUCCCUAGCCUCGUGCUUCUAAAAUACUUAACUAACUUUCUAGUCACGUGUGUGCUAGUGUCAAUAAUGUCAACAUUGCAUCCCUCCCUUGAUUUAAAUAAGAACUCUAGUACUAACUAUAACAAAAUAUGCAUAUAAUGUUUAAACUGUAUCUUAUCUGUUUUAGUCCAGGUCAAUCAUAAAUGUUAUUUCCAUAUCUGUACACCCGCUGUCUUUCUCUUGCCGGAUAUCUCGGACCAUCAUCUUGUCUCUGACCAUUGUUCUGCCGCGGACGAUCAUUCUGUCUCAGUCCAUCAUACUGUUCAUGCUCUUCGUGGACAUCUUCAUCUGAGGAAUAAUUUUCUUCAUCCAUUAUCUCUGUUGACUCCAACGAUCUGCCAUGUCUGGGGUGAUACUUUUUAAAGAACGAAAUGUUCCGAGUUAUAUAUUUCCCAUUCCUAAUUGCUGUGAUUCUGUUCCCACGGCGAUUUGUGACUUCAUAUGGUAUUGGAUCGUAUUUUGUGGACAUUUUAUUUGCUUUCGGUUGCCGCACCAAAACUAAAUCACUUUUCUUGAUGUCAGCACACUUAACUCUUCUUUUGGAAUCAGCAUAUUCUUUUUGGUUCUUUUUCAACCUUUCAUCUCUCUCCUUCACCUCUUGAUGAAGUGAAGAAUCAUUUUCGACUGUCACUUGAGGUAAUUUUGUUUGAAUCUUACGGUUGUAUAGCAACUCGGACGGUGACUUGCCAGUGGUGGUAUGUGGGGUAGCUCUGUAGUUGAGCAAAAAUUUAAACAUUUCACGUUUCCAGUCUUUGUUUUCAUGAUGGGCAGAUUUCACAGCCUUUACAAGUGGUUUCAUAAAGUUCUCGGCUUGUCCAUUUCCUUGGAGCCAUAAUGGUGAGCUUGGUUUAUGUUUAAUGCCGAGUUCUUUCAAGUACAGACUAAAUUCAUGGCUCUGGAAUGGUGGACCGUUAUCACUCUUUAACACCUUUGGAAUACCAUGUGUGGCAAAAAUUCGUUCAAGUUUCAAUAUUGUUGAUUUUGCAGAUGUUGAACUUACAAUUUCCACCUCUGGAAAUCGUGAAUAUGCAUCAAUAAUCACUAACAGAUAUGAACCACCUAGAAAUGGUCCACAAAAAUCAAUGUUCACUGUAUGCCAGGAUUGGGGAGGCAGCGUCGUCAUUCGCAGUGGUUCUUGGUGACUGUUUGGUCCAUUUGCCUGACAUAACAAACAAGUAUCCACUGUGUGCUUAGCAAGCUUGUCUAUACCUGGAUACCAAACCUUUUCUCGCAACAACUGUUUAGUUUUUACUAGCCCUUGGUGGCCUUCAUGAGCAAUUUGAACAGCCUUUAGUCUAAGGCUUUCUGGAAGCACAAUUCGUGAGCCUCGUAAUAUAAUUCCAUCAUGCUCGUUUAGUGUAAGUUCUGUUUUAAUUUUCUCACAUGCUUUCAAGUCCAAAACCUUUACAUUGGGAUUGGAUUGUACGUCUAGAGAGUCGAUUAAAUGCCAUUUACCUGUUGUGAUGAGGUUGCUUAGGAUCUGUAAUGUUGAAUCAGCCAUGGUGGCUUGUUGUAUUUCAGGCAGAGUCAUUGCUCUUGGCACAGCAUGUUGGGUAAGGAAACAAACAUAAUUGUCAGCCAUUGUUUGGAACUGUCUGUCAUCAGUGGUGUUGUUAACAGGUAAAUGUCGAGAUAGGAAAUCUGAUGGAUUGUCAAGUCCCUUUGUAUACCUUACAUUAAAGUCAUAAUCUUGCAAGCGUAAAUUCCAUCUCUCAAUUCUGGCUGGAGGUCUUGAUUGUGGAUUAUUUAAAAUCAACUCGACUGGUUUGCAAUCAGUUAUCAGAGUAAAAUGUCCUCCGUAUAGAUAGAUAUGUAAACGUUCAAUUGCCCACACAAUUGCAAGAGCUUCUCGCUCUGUUUGACAGUAUCGUCUCUCAACAUCCGACAGCGAACGACUGAUAUAUGCAACAACAUUUUGUUGGUCUGAUCCUGGGACUUUCUGUGUCAGAAUAGCUGAGAGACCAAAAGGUGAUGCAUUAGUGAUAAGUUCUGUUUCCUUGGUUUGAUCAAAAUAUGCCAUAACUGUUGCACUUGUGAGGGCAGCUUUUACUGCGUUGAAGGAUUUAGCAUGCCUAGAUGUCCAGCAAAAAGGCACAUUUUUUCUUGUUAAUUCUCGCAAAGGCUCUGUGAGAUCACUGAAAUUAGGGAUAAAUUUCGCACAAUAUGUCACCAUCCCAAGGAAACUCCGAACAGCUUUAAUUGAAUUUGGAGGUGGGCAGUUGUGAAUCGCUGAAACCUUCGCUGGAUCCGGUGAAAUGCCAUCACCUGAGAAGACAAAACCAAAAAAUGUGAGCUGCGAUUGACUGAACUCACAUUUGUCUUUGUUGAAAGUUAAUCCAAUGAGUGAAAACCGCUCAAAAAUUUCAUGAAGAGCUUUGUCAUGCUCAGCUUGGGUUAUGCCAAAGAUAAUUAUGUCAUCACUAAUGUUGAUGGCAUUCGGAAUGUCACGGAUUUGUUCGCUAAUUACAUGUUGGAAGAUUUCACUUGCCGAAUUGGUGCCAAAAUUCAACUUCUUAUAGCGGUAGAGUCCUUU